GUCAAACGAGGCAUUUGUAAGACACUCGGCAGGAACGCCAGGCGGGAGCAACGGACGCUCGAUGUCUGCUCAAUCUGCGAUCUCAGAGGACGGCGGUUUUGUGAAGCCAGACGUCAGCACGUGGCAGGAGUCCAAAAGUCUCGUGGAAUGUAACCGCUACAUGAUGACGUAUGAGGUGGAUUGUGACAUCACAUUCCUCGUGGGCAGUGCGGAGGAGGAGGUCAAGGGACACAUAUUCGUGAUGACUUCACGAAGCGGGAAGAUGGCGUCACUUUUAGCUGGACAACGAAUAUAUCCAGACAUUAAGCUUAAAAUUCCCGACAUUGAGCCGGACAGCUUUCGUGACUACUUACUGUACUUGUAUACGGACGAAGUGGAGCUUGAAAACGUCGGGCGCGCACGGGAGCUGAUCCGGGCCGCCCACCGCUACGGUCCGAAAUCCCUCCAGGACAGGUGCUUUUCAUUUCUCCUCACAGAGAUCAACGCCGACAACGUCUGCGUCACGCUCGAGUUGGCAGACUACUUUAAUGAGGACAACAUAUUUGAACGUUGUUUCCGCUUCAUUAACGUCAAUGCCGUGGACGUACUAAAGGCAAGCAACUUUCCUGACCUGUGUGAGGAAUGCGUACAUAGAGUUCUGACCUCAGAUGCUCUGAAUGCUGACGAAUUUGAGGUGUACGACGCCGUCAUUCGUUGGGCAGACGGUAAAUGCGCGCGCACGACACAGCGUCCCACGGAUGAAACUCGUCGUCAAGUGCUUGGAUCUCUGUUGUUCAGUGUUCGGUUCGCAAUCAUGGACGUGGAUGAAUUCACGCACAAGCUGUCCACGAAAGAUGUCCUCUCGACGGAAGAGAAAGUUGUCCUGUACCAAUUUUACCAUGGAGAGGUGAAUGUCCUACCUGACAUGUUCAAUAGAACUCCUCGACGGCAGUAUCGUCAAAGAGAUCACGUGGAUAAUACGUCGCCGUUGACCAUCGACGGUAACAGGGCGCCGAGAAUAGAACAAAUGAACAUCGUAAGUCUCCCCAGGGAUGAGGAACAGCGCUUCCAAAGAUCUUCGCUGAGACGCGUGACCCGGUUUUGGGGAAUCGGCGGACCCUGGAAUCUCAUCAAAGGAGCGGACGCAAUUCGAUUUCAGUGCUCGAAAGUUAUCAUUCUACGUGGGAUAGAGAUAUUUGGACCGUACAGAGGAACUGAACAGUACAAUGUGAGCGUCACUUUAACCGAUGAUUUAAAGACUGAUGUAAGGAAAGAAAGUUUUACAAUCGAUGCAAAAGUUCCAGGAAAGAAGACCUAUGACGCCAUUCUCAGGGAUCCUGUUCGGGUGCCACCCAACCGCCUGUUUACGAUCAGCGUGCUCAUGAAGGGCGCUCCCUGCCUGCAAGGCUUGAACGGAACAUCAACCAUCGAGACGGAGGGCGUUACAUUUCAGUUCAUGAAUAGUAACCAGGAUGUCAGCGCGUCACAGUGGCAGGAGAGCAAAACGCUCGUGGAAUGUAACCGCUACAUGAUGACGAAUGGGGUGGACUUUGACGUCACGUGUCUCGUGGGCAAGACAGACGAGGAGGUCAUGGCACAUUUGUCGUGA